AUCCCAAGUGAAAGGAAGAAGUUUUUGUCGUCCCACGUAUCGCCUCAGUCUGAGUGAAUCGCUGUUCUACAAGUGGUUAUCUGUGACUCUCCUGCGAAAGGAAAGAUAGAUACACACGUUGAUUGAAGGAGUUUGUUUGUUUUUGCAACAAGCAAACAGUCCGGCAACUUACUAUUUUGCUUUGCUUUCUACCUUGAGGUAAUGAUCGUUUCACACAAAGUCGUAAUUUAACACUUGUGCGUUCGUUUCGGUACUGGUGCGUCUUGUUCUGUCCUAAUUAGCUAAUUCGGUACAGUUGGUGCGUGCAGCUCCACUAGUGUUCCGGUAUAGGAAAACCACAGCCAAAAGUCGCCAGGUAAACGGCGACAAAGGCUGGGACGGUUUAGGUUGAUUUUUUAAAUAUAUAUUUUUGCAUUUUAGCUGUCACAACUAAGUCGAAGAUGUAUAGUAUGAUGGAACACGAGCUGAAGCCUCCUGGCCAACAGCAGUCUCACCAGACCUCCCAAGGGAUGUCUCCGGUGAACGGAAUGGUCAGCUCCCACCCGGGAUCCAAAUCAGCGUGUCCUCCCGGAGUGGACCCUAUGGACAAAGUCAAGCGGCCCAUGAACGCCUUCAUGGUCUGGUCGCGUGGCCAGCGGCGCAAGAUGGCCCAGGAAAACCCUAAAAUGCACAACUCUGAGAUCAGCAAGAGGCUGGGGGCGGAGUGGAAACUUCUCACCGACGCUGAGAAAAGACCGUUUAUCGACGAGGCCAAGCGGCUCCGGGCCGUACACAUGAAGGACUACCCCGACUACAAGUACAAGCCCCGUCGCAAGACCAAGCCCCUGCUCAAGAAGGACAACCAGGUGGGCAAGUACCCGCUGUCCGCGGGGAACCUGCUGGCUGCUGCCGCCGCCCAGGGACAGGGUGGAAGCCCACGGAUGGACAGCUACGGGUGGGGUCCUACUGGCGGUUACGCCGGCAUGCAGGGCGAGGCCCUUGGAUAUACCCAGCAGCUCCACCGCUACGACCUGUCAGCUCUACAGUACCCUCCGGCCAUGACGGCGCAGACGUACAUGAACGGCGGCAACUCCUACAGCCCCAUGUCCUACAGCAGCAGUCCCCAGCAGCCCAGUCCGGUCAUGUCCAUGGUGAAGCCCGAGCCUGUGUCCCACUCCCCGACGGGGGGCCACAACCCCCACCGAGGGCCUCUCCAAGGGGACCUCAGGGACAUGAUCAGUAUGUACAUCCCAGGGGGGGACGCCAGCGACCCUGCCUCCCAGAGGGGCUACACCAGCGUCCAGCAGCACUACCUUGGAGGAACCAUGCCCCUCACACACAUCUAGGAGGCAGAGGAACCAAACCUGGGGCUGGGACUCAAACCAACACACACACACACCUGGACUGGGAAGGUAGAUGUACCUGGCAUGGCCAUGUUCUCAUGGCCAUGCCAGGUACAAACACACACCCCUACACUGAGACUGAACCCAAGUACAGACGAGUACAAACACACACACACACUCUCCACGGUCCUGUUACAUUUAGUCACAACAAAAAACUAUUUUUCUACCUCUUCAUUUUCUGUUCUCUGGCCACACCCCUCCCUCCCUCCGUCCUCCCCCUGGGCCAUCUCUCCCCUCAUCCCUCUGACUGACACCCCCUGGACCAUCUGUCAUGCUGAAAAUCCCAGUCUUCCUGAUGAACUUCUGGUUAUGAAGGACCCCCCCCCCCCCCCCCCUGUGUUUAUGUACAUAUUUUGAUAUUCUUUCCCCCCCAUUUUUGUUUUUAAAAACGUAAUGAACUGAACUUGACGUCAUUAACUUCCAUUCAGCCUCCACCCCCCCCCCCACACCUUUACAUGUUCCGGAACCCUUCCCAGUGUUCCGACACGUGAUUAGGGUUCCAUCAGCUUUCCACAAUGUUCCAUUGUGCGGUCCUCCCUGGAUAGCUCCCCGCGGGCACCGUCCGCUUCCCCUCGCGGUGUUGGGCAAUCACAACCGAUCCCAAACUGGUUGCCCACCCGGGUGAGAGUGGGGGGGCGGUUGGAACCGUACAAUAGACACCCAUGGGAUGCGCUUGGGAACCAGGUCAGAUAAUCGAAAACCUGCAGGGGCCAGUGACAUACAAAUCACAUGACCUCCCCCCCCCCCACACACACACACACACACACACGCGCACACUGAGAAUUCUAGAACCAGUUUGUGUAACCCGAUGGAGUGAUGGGGUGGGGUGGUUCUCUGGUAACACUGGAUGUCAGAUUGAGUGUGAACUUGGGGGGUGUAUACUCAUAUACACAGAUGACUUGAAACACCAGUGCGAGUUUAGGUUUUAUAUAUAUUUUUAAGUACACCGCCUUUGGGUGCCUUGUGCUUGGUGACAUAAGUGCUCUUGUAGUUUCAAAAAACGAUCAAUCCCAUGAGCUGACACAUGGUAGGCAUCCUGUUGGACAAUCUCAUUAGUUGUCUGGAUUCAGUGGAAACCCACAUUCGGUGUCUGCUAGUCCUGCUGGCCUGACUACUGCGUUGGUCCGCAACACCUAAGCCUUCUGGCUGGUAUGUAUGGAGGCUUGGUGCUGGCUAACCUUACAGCAGGCAGCAACACAUCCAACUCUUCAGCAACACAUUUAACUUUUAAGCAUUAUUUUUUUUUGUCUGAUUUUUAAAUUCAUCGACUUUACAGUUUUAACAUCCUGUCCCGUUGCCGUGGUUUAGAGUUUUGCUGUACCAUGUAACCAUGGUUAUUAGAUGACAUUCUGACCGGUUUGUAAAUGAUCUGUUUGGUACUGCUGCCAGCGACACAGUUGCCCACACUUCCUGUAGUGUCCAGGGAGACAGGCUUAGCAUGCCUGGACUACAGUAUACAAUCACUGGAUGCAUUUGGAUUAAGUUUAUUAGCCUGCUGGCUGUUAGGUGAUCAACAUGUGAACUACAAAUUCAACAAGUUUGUCUCUUUUACAAAUGACACUUGAGUGAUGUUCUCCAGGCCAAAUGUAAAAACCACAAGCAAAGUUGAUUGGACCUAUCAAUUCAGUUUGUGUCUUAAUUGUCAUGUAAACUCCUGAAGUCGUUUCACUUCAAUCACGUAUGAGAACCGACAUGAGGGUAACUUUAGCUCGUAGGGAUGUCGUUAGGCCCAACUUGAAGAUUCCCACUUCCCAACUAUUUUGCCGUUAAAAUGACUAUCCUUAUGUGUGUGAGAUGCAUCUUGAAAUGGUUGGCUUAAGUGUGAUUACAAGAAUUAUGCUCAAUUUUAGUUUCUGUCCAUCUACAAUCGCUAACCCUGUUCAUUAUUAGUUAACCAGUGCUGCUACGAAGUUAGGUGUGAGGGAAAUGUUUGUUUGUUUUUUUUUUCUUUGUCUGAGAUCUCUGGGUUUAGAUUGUUAGACCUGUUGGAUUUGCAUUUUUACAAUUUUGUGAGGAUUCCACCCAUUAGUGUUAUGCAAUCCAUGAACUAACAAGAACUUGCUUGCAUUGAAAAAGGGAAUUUUUGUCACUAUACUGAUAGCCUUUUACUUCAAUAUCUGGCGGGAUUUGAAAUGAUGUAAUUUAUAUGAAAGUAAUAAUGAACACGAGAAUGUUUACAUUGCAAUCCAAGUAUGUAAAACUUAACGUUUGUUUUUCACUUUUGUAUUUCUAUUUUAGUAUGUUAAUACUUUUGCUGGCUGUAAAUAUACUGCAAGAUGUAAAGUCUUGUCAGGUGGUUGUGUAUAGUGUAUAAACAUUCUUUUUAAGAUCCUUAUACUAAGGAUCUUGGUUUUUUUUUUGGUUCAAAACUGUUAUUGUUCGUAUGGCAAUGAUGACAAAAAAAAAGUUAAUAAAAAGUCAAAACAAA